AUGGACGCCGCUAUUCUUGUCGAUGACAAUAAUAUGGAAAACAACAACCCUCACAUCAGUCCGAACCCGCUCAAAUGCCCGCCUGCUACGCCGCUGCACCAGCUUUCGCCAGAGCGGAUCAAUCAGCAACGCAUCCCCCAAUCGCCCUCCCUACACAGCUACCUGGUCGAACAUGACCGACCCGGCACGCGCGAUUCAUUUACCUCGGACGUGCAGUCGAAAGUCGCCUUUCUGAACAGUCUGGCCGCAACCACCAGUGUCCAAUCGUCGCCCACUCGACCCAGAAGACUCGGGGCUGGCCUACAGGAUAGCUGUAGCGCCACCACCACGCCUAAUCAGAAUUUGAGUACCAGCAAUGCUCUCCAGCGGGCGGUCAUGGGAUACGAGGAGGCGCAGGCGAGCCUGGCCACUUUGAACGCCGAGCUCGAGCGGGCCAGGGAGGAACUGGCGUCCAAGAAGAAACGGGAGAGAAUGCUCUCGCAACGUGUCGAGGAUCUGUUGGAAGAGGUACAAGCGGAGAAGGAGAAGCGGGGUCGGGACCAAGAGUCGUACACGAAGGAGAUCAAGAGAUGUCGGAAGGAGACAUACCGUGCUGAGCUGGCCGUCGUGGAGGCGAGACAGGAUCUGCAGGAAGUAAGGGCAGAACUGAAGAAAUGCCAGGCUGAGAUACAGCACGAGAAGGCGGAGAAGGAGAAGAGCCGUCAAGAGAGUUUUGAGAGGGCGUACGCGUUGGCGGGCAUGGUGGGUGAGAUGGAUCAACUGAAAGACCGGCUAAAAGUCGUGGAAACGGAGAGGGAUGCAGCACUCUCGGAGGCAAAAACAAAUGCCGUAGAAAAGAAACUAACUGUGGAGAAAUGCGUCCAGACUGAAGUGCUUGAUGUCCCUAACGAAGAUUCAAGGAACCGAGAUCACGAAGACCUUGAUCAGAGGAAUGUCGUUCGACAAGGCGAGAACAUUCAGUCUUCAAAGCAUUCGGAUAACGAGAACCACAGACAGCCCGCCUCUCAGCCGAGAAUGGUGCCAGCGUCCGCGUCGACAAGUCGCAUUAUCCAUGAAGCACCUGUUCGACUGCUUCCACAGAAACUGCCAGAUUUCGCCUCUGCCAUAUCCCGCCUAGAUUUUUACGACAAGCAGUUGGGAGGAGAGAAGAUCACUCCUGAGGAAGAAGUCGAGUUUCUGAAGCAAGAGCUUGCUUGGGCGCGGAAAAAACAUGAGGAAGAUUCGGAGUUGAUCCAUUUCAUGCAUAUGCAGUGCCAGUUCAAAGCUUGUCCAUGUCGACUGGCUGAAUCGAAUGGCGAUCGCUUUGUUCAUGAUCAAGUUUACGAUGCAAAGAUGCAGCACCAUCGCGCAUCGAAGAAGAGGAAGAUUUCAGAUUAUCCCGAGGAGAACAGGCCAGCUCUUGAGGAAAGCCACGGGAGAUUUUCGCAGCAGCCACCCUCAAGCAAAGACAUGCCUCCUCAGGGGAGACCGGAAGCUGAGACCACCCCGACAGAAGACAGUGAGCCAGCUACGCUCCCACCUGACCCCACGCCAGGGUUAAUGGGUUGGGCAUCAGAGGAACCUAUGGUCCUCGAACAAGCCAUCGAAGUGCCUCUUCCGGAACCAGAUCCCAUGGAAUUGGACUCGAGUAACAACACACUAGAGGCGACGGCGCAAUUGGAGGAAAUCACACAAGUUUUGGUUGAGCCAGCAACAGGCUCGCAAGCGUUCCUGUUCUCUACGUCUUUUACAAGCAAUGCUGGCGUUGCGGCAACAGCUCCAGCACUUCGCUACGCUGAGAGUACAUCGGCAAUUCUUGACCAAGAUCUCUUCGAUCUUUCGCCGCCAAAGCAAGCACCUCCGCGGCGACCUUCGACCGCGCUGGGUAUCUUGUCUGUCGACUCGCCUAUCCGACUCGUGCCAGACUCACCGCGGUCGGUUAGAUCCUUUCAACGUGAAACCGUGCGAUCUGCCGCAAAGGGACGAAAGCACGCCGCUACACCAUCAGUCACCACAACAACCACGACGAAAAUCGCACUUAAAGAUUCACCAUCCCAGGCUAGUCUGCACAGGCGAGCGCAGUCGAAACCCAAUCUCCGAAGCCACUCACCUCUGGUGACCUCGGUCAUGUCUCACUACGAUGACGAUACCGACGUGCGGUCGAUGUACGAAAAGGACUCGUCAGCGUCGCCCGCAGCGAGCACUAUAUUUCCUGUGACACCUGUGCACAAACAUUCGAGGUCCAUGCAUAAUCUGGCUCAGCAUGCACAGAUGCAGGCUCAACAGGCUGUCAUCCAGAGCCAAGCUCCGGCGCCAGACGCAGGGUCUGAGAGAAGUCUGCAGUCGAUUUCUGCCACCACCACAACGACUACGACGCGAGUACCACUUCGAGAAGCCGUGGAUGCCGAUGAUGGGAUGAGUCCGGAGCACCACAUGAGUCGAAAUGGAUACGAUCACGCUCACACCGAGGUCUUGAAUAUCAGAAUAGACCCCCAUACAAGCAGAGAAGGUAUCCCGCAGGUCCAGUCGAGGGUGAACUCACUCGCGAGUUCGACCAUGCUCUCUAAUGUGCCAGGGACUCCGAUCUCACGAGAGGCAGCCCUCGCACAGAUUCGGGCACGGAGAGAUCGAGCCAGGAGCGUCAAUCUCAAGCGCACUGUCGAAGGCCACGGCAAGGGAGUUAACGGCACACGAAGCCCGACGAAGGGUCGGCCAGGAGUGUUGAAUGGAAGUGGUGGAUUGUUCCAAGUAGUCGGAAAGGAGAAUGCGCGACGGGAGAUCAGUCAAGCGAGUGCACCUGGACGGCUUGCUUUUUGA